AUGUUGACAUGCUGUGAUGAUACAGGCUCCUGUAACCCAGCAGAAGACAACGGAUGGCGUUAUCCCACACUGCUUCUGUGUGCCUUCGGAUUUUUCUCGAUGAUGAGGCCAUCAGAGCCUUUUUUAAUACCUUACCUCAUUGGACCUGCUAAAAACUUAACCACUGAACAGGUUACUAAUGAAAUAUUUCCAGUAUGGACAUACUCUUACUUGUCAAUACUAAUCCCUAUUUUCUUGGUCACAGAUUAUCUAAGAUAUAAACCUAUCAUAGUUUUACAAGGAGUUAGCUUUAUUACCACUUGGCUAAUGCUCCUGUUUGCGCAAGGAGUCUUGGCCAUGCAGUUUUUAGAAUUCACCUUUGGCAUUGUAUCUGCCACUGAAGUGGCAUAUUACUCCUAUAUUUACAGUGUUGUUAAUUCUGAGCACUAUCAAAAAGUCACCAGUUACUGUCGGAGUGUCACAUUAGUUGCAUACGCACUAGGUUCCAUUCUGGGACAAAUUUUAAUCUCUGUUUGGAAUGUCCCUUAUUUCUAUCUGAAUGUGAUUGCACUGGUUUCAGUGUCUGUAGCUUUCCUUUCUUCCAUUCCCCUGCCAAUGCCCAAAACAAGCAUGUUUUUCCACACAAAAGAGGCUGAAAAGAUCCAAGCUCCUUCGUCAAUCGAAGAUGUCAAGCCAAAGUCGGAAAAUAGUAGUCACCAAAAUAAUCCUGAUAUAGCAAACUGCUCGCAGUUACCUGUAAUGUCAGAUGGAAAUGGAAAUGAUCUGGUGAAAGCAACAGAGCAAAAGAACGCAAUAAAUGUUCUCUUCAAACUGUGGUCUGAUUUCAAAAGGUGUUACUCCUCUCCACAAAUCUUCUACUGGUCCAUCUGGUGGGCUUUGGCCAGCUGUGGGUAUUAUCAAGUUGUGAAUUAUAUACAAGUACUAUGGGAUCACGUUGAACCAUCCCAAAAUGCCACAGUGUAUAAUGGUGGUGUGGAAGCAGUGUCAACCUUUAUGAGUGCUGUUACAUCCUUUGCUGUGGGCUAUGUGAAGCUGGAUUGGGCAAUCUGGGGAGAAUUGGCAUUGGGUGUCUUUCUGACAGUGAACAGCGGUGCUUUAUUUGCCAUCGAUUUGUCAAACAAUAUCUGGGUUUGUUAUGCUGGUUACGUUGUCUUCAAAGCCACAUACAUGUUACUGAUUACCAUAGCAACGUUCCAAAUAGCAGCCAACCUGAGCAUGGAGCGUUAUGCACUUAUGUUUGGAGUAAAUACCUUUGUAGCCCUCUUACUUCAGACCAUUCUGACUGUUAUUGUAGUUGAUUCAAGAGGCCUUGGUUUGGAUAUUAUCACCCAGUUCCUUAUUUAUGGGUGUUACUUUGCAGCCAUAUCAGGAUUUUUCUUCAUCAGAGGUACUUACACUUUGAUGCGACAUCGGCAGCAAAGAAGAAAAGUGAGUCAGGUCAUCAAAGGAAACACCUUAACACUUGGAAAUGAGACAGAAAGUGCAGAAAAGUUUUGA